GGCUUGGCAACGCACCAGAUCCCCACCGCCCUCCCGGCGGCGGAGGAGGAGCCGACGGAGGUGGGUACAGCACCGGCGGCUGAAACACCGGUGGGAAGCUAGUGCUGGGCGGGCUUGGGAACGUUGCGGGCGGGUUUGGUACGUAUCCAACUGGUGGGCUUGGGACGGUCUGUGGUGGGCUGGGGACAUAGGAAGGGGGUGGGCUAGGGAUGCUUUCCGGGGGGUUGGGCACGUAGAUGGUUGGUGGGUUCGGCACGAUCUGGGGUGGGCUUGGGAUGGUACCUGGUGGGUUCGGGAUGGGGGCGGGCGGUGGGUUGAUGGGGAUGACGGGGGUGAAGUAGAAGGGCGGCGGCGGCGGGGCUUCAGAGUAUGGCGGGAAGGUGAUGACGGGUGGGUAGAUGCAGUAUAGAGGCGCCGGAGGGCUGGUGGACCCCGUGCUUGGGUUCUCCGGCAAUGAAAACGGCGGGAAUGCGAAGCUGCCACCAACGUCCGGCGCGGGGAUGACAUCGGCUUCCUUCGCGGUCAUCAAUCUCCGGGCAUCUGCAUCAGCAACGAAGAAGACAGGCCAAUUCGUGAUCCAACUACAAGCUGUUUCUUCAUUCGCUGCUCCGAUUCUAAUCAUUAGUCACCUUGAAGAAGCUUGCCAGAUUUCGAAGAUAGUGAAGCUAAAACACAAAUCUUUUAGCGGCACACUAGUCAUGCAAGAAGGGCAACCGGUACAGAGAGAGAGAGAGAGAGGUACCAGAUUGGCAGCAGAGAUGAGUGAACAGCAAGGCAAAGAGAACAAUACUGCGUGUCACAUUCUUCCCGCCGGUGAUCAGAAGACGAAAGUGAUGAAGACGCCUCAACUCCUGCAUUAUUGCUGGACGGCCUCCCCAAUAGGGGAACUCAGUGGUGAGACUGCUGCUGUAUCGGAGAAGACCAUUCAUCCAUAGUGGCGACACAUAUAUAAACCCCUAUGGAGAUACAGACCAACCAAAGAAUCUCGAUCUAAAAAAUGAAAAGUGACAAAGAGGAGACGAGGACGGUGGAGUUCCAUCUUUCACUCUUUGCUUUAAACAGGAUGAUGCUUGUGGACACACACAACCUUUACACCAGCGAGAGACCAAGUGGAUGGUGGACUCUAUAAUCUAUAUUACCAAAAAAGUGCGCAUAUGAAAAAAAGUUUUGUCUCUCAAUUGCUCCAAUGUGAAAGUUACCAAAUUGGCCUUCAUAUUCAGUGAACUUGUUUGGAUACAGUUUCCCCAGCAAAAUGAGUUUUCAAAUUUCAAUUAAGUUGUUAUAAUGGAAAAGCUUUGAUUGUUCCUUGUUACUUUUUGUCAUGGCUUUUGUCAAUAAAAAGCUUCGCCCAGCUUGUCGGGCUUCUUAGUCACUUGUAUUUCGCUAGCACCCAGUCAGAACUCACCAGAGAUAUCAGGAGGGGGGUUGAGCUCGGAUGUACAAAAGCAAUAUGAUAUUUGAUUCUUGCCUGCA